ACAAUGGUUUUUAAGUUCGUUACAUACAUAUAAAACUAACCAUCAAGUUUUUAUUGUCAAAAUUGUCCAGCACUAACAAACCCGGCGAAGCUCUCUAUUUUCGUUUGUACGUCUUAUGCCUGAUCAAUCAGCAUUGGACCUAUAAACGGAAAAUAUACAGUUUCUUCGGGGCGUUUGUAAAAUACCAUGUGUUCGAGUCACUAAAUGCUUCACUAUUGCAACAAUCCCACAUACGACUCGUCGAAAUUCCUUUGGACCAUGUGCAUGCAAGUUAAACGGUUUGGAUGCGGAGUUCCAGUUCCCAGUUCCUGCUGUAAGACCAACUCUUGCUGUAAACCCAGCUCUCGCUGCAACUCCAGACCAUGUGGAUCUUGUGGACCGUGCUCAAAUGGCUGUGCUACCUGCUGUACCUCCUGCUGUGGGAUAUUCCCCGAAACAUGCUGCGGUCCGUGGUGUGAGUCCUGUCUGGAUCCCGCCUGGUUCUCCUGGCUGUCCCCCAAUCUCUGCCGAGCCUGCUGUUGUGCUUGCAUGCCACUUUGUCGGAAAAAGUGCUGCUGAGAACUCGAUAUUGGGUAAAAUCGGUUCAUAGAAAUAAAGUUCGUUGUUAACCAUUGGAUUUAUUAUAUUUUAA